AUGGCAAAUUUAGGGUUGCAAUUGUUAGGUUACUUCCUGGCCUUGGGUGGUUGGAUCGGCAUCAUCGCCACCACAGCUUUGCCCCAGUGGAAGCAAUCAUCAUAUGUCGGUGAUGCAAUUAUCACCGCUGUGGGUCUGUAUGAGGGGCUGUGGAUGAGUUGCGCCUCACAGAGCACAGGACAGGUGCAGUGCAAGAUAUUUGACUCCAUGCUUUCUCUUGACAUCCAUAUCCAGACAUGUCGUGCCCUAAUGGUGUUGUCAGUACUGUUUGGCUUGAUCGGCAUCAUCAUCAGCGUGGUUGGCAUGAAGUGCACAAAGGUGGGAGAUAAUAACCCAGCGAUAAAGACGCGUAUUGCAAUUGCUGGAGGGGCUCUUUUCCUUCUUGCAGGUCUGUGUACAUUGGUUUCUGUUUCCUGGUACGCAACACAGGUGUCUUAUCAAUUCUUCAACCCAAACACCCCGGCCAAUGCCAGGUAUGAGUUUGGCUCGGCUCUGUUUGUGGGCUGGGCUGCUGCAAGUUUAAUUAUACUAGGAGGCUCCUUGCUGUGUUGUUCCUGCACCAAAGAGGACAUGCAAGGCCAGCAAUAUUACCGCCAAUCACAGCCAUCCACAGCCAGGGAGACAGAGUUGUUGAGUGAGACUAGUUUCCCUGACUGA